UGCUCAGCAAGCAGCCCCUCCCCCAAUGCUGCACCACCACAACACAACCAUUAUAGCUGCUAAGAUGGCUCACAGAGAGAUUUCACUGUUUCUAAAGUACCCAGGGCCUCCAGUAGCUCUGCAAAGGCUGCAACACAGCUUCUUAGAGUGUGUGAUUGAGUACAAGAUGGGUUCAACAAAUGAGUUGCAGACUGUUCCACCAUCUCAAUUGAGGUCAGCCUACCAGUUAAAAGGCACUGCCAUGCUAGUCGAUGAUGAGCUAGUCGUACAGUUUGUACCUAAAAAUGCUGGACUCCACUCAGUGCGUAUCUUUAGUGAUACGAGGGAAGUUUGCCGACCAAUAGCCUUCAUCAUCAAUCAAAACAGCGACGUGGAGACUACACCAUACGAUAAACCAGUAAAUGUUACUUCUUCCCUUUUCAAGACCCCUCCUCAAAGCCAGCCAUCAUAUCAAACUGCUAUGCCUUCUCCACCUCAGCAGUACAGUCCCCCAGAGCAGUACAGCCCUCCGAGCGUCUCCCAAAGAGAAUCCUCCGUGAUGUCACAGAUGCAAGACAGAGACAGUUUCUGGCAGAAUUACCCCACCGAUCCCACUGCUGCUGGAUUCCAAGCACCGGUCACACAUCAAACUUCCCCACAACACAGGGUGUCGGGUAACAUGGCAAGACAGAGUUAUGUAAGUUCUACUCCACUUGCUGGAAGACCCAUUUCCGUUGGUCCAAUGGACGAAGCUGCCUAUGCAGGUGACCUUUUCACGAGCAAGCCUGAAAAUAACACUUUCAGUUCUCUGUAUGCUGCAAAGAAGAGAGGACAGCAAGUUGGUACAAGAAAGGCAUUCAUGGAAGUUGACCACACUCGAGUGAUGACACAAGACACAUUCAAGAUGUUGGAGAAGGAUAUUGAUGCAGUGGUCACUAGAGGACACAAGGGAAAGCAAAGUUACAGGUGCGCUAUCUGUAGUAACAAGCUCAAAGCUUCAAAGAUGAUUGAGCUUGGGGAAGAAGGGUUCUGCGAACGCUGUUUCAGGAGGCAGUACAUCUUGCGUAGUGCCAUUGAGCAUUUCAUGGUCCCAAGCAUUCAGGAAUGUACAGUGGAAGUUCCAGUGAACAAGAGAGCAACCAAGUUUGUCUCUAGCAGGAAAACAAUGCCAAAUGUCAAUCUUCGAGGGCUGGAACCAAAUGAGAUUAAGUAUGCAAUCAGCGAAUUUAGGAAAUUCUCUCCUGACGACAAUGGUUGGAUAACGAAGGCAGUGCUGCUACCCUUGAUGAAAGCGUGCUUCUCUUAUAACCUGGGUAACCAAGAGAUAAAGUCCUUGCUGUCCAGUGAAGCUCUACAGUCAGUGAUGACCAGCUUUGGGCUAGAUGAAAGAGAUGAAGUCCAUGAGAUUGAGUUUCUUGCUCUUGUGGCAUUUUUGGCAAGAGAGCGGCAACGACUUAAAUCUUCAAGCGAUCCAAACAACAAAUUCACCGGAGCAGAUCUUCAAAUGGCAUAUGCUUUCAAGAACCACUUUGAAGGACAAAAACCAGCUCAAGCUUCAAAGAACCAAGUUGUUGCUUCAAGUGUCCAGCCCCCAGUCCAAACAAAACUGGCAUACGCAACUCCUUUGCGUGACCAGUCGGCUCGAUUUCGAACCAGCAGUGCUCCACCUCAAGGCUAUACUUCGAAAGUGCCUCUUCGCAAUCCAAAUCCUCAAUUGCUACAACAACGACAACAACAAGGAGAGAAUCAAAUGUACCCACGAGAUUCUUCUAGAUCUGUGUAUGCACAGUCCGGUUUGAGCCAAGCUAGUGGUAAUCCUCCUGUAGCCGGACAGAGAGGCAGUGGACUGCUCUCACCUAUUGCCCCACAACUGCCAUCGGGAUUUCGAUCCAAGCCACCAAGUCAGCACGACUUCUCUGAGAUCCAACAGCCACAAGCUCAGUUCCCACAGUUCUCACCAGAAAGAAGCUCUUUGGUGUUCCCGCAGCAAGGCGGGCUAAGGCAGUCUGAAGGAGGCCUGCUGGCAGACCUACCUGAAGAGGAUCAGGACGAAUCUGAGAUGCCUACCCUUCCUCCAAACAAGGACCCAGCGGGGCAAACUAUCACCAACCCCCUUGGCAACAAACGACAGGCAAACUCCAAACAGAUGAUGGAGCAGUUGAAGCUGACUGGUGGCAGUGCUGACUCUUGGAUGCUGUACUAGUGUACAACAGUAUAGCUUAAUUAUAGCACACGUCAGUCACACAACCCAGUUUCACAAUAGUAACAGCAUAAUUAUAACAAAGUACAUGUAAUUGUUGUUUAUGUUAGUGCACUUCAAAGUCAUGCAGUCUUUACUCUUUACUUUGUGCAAAUUCAAAGUUAUAAUAAUUAUAGCUACACUUAUAAAAUAUAAAA